AUGGCUGACGAGGAAAAAUGCUCGAGCAAGGAGGAGCCGCGAGUUGACGAAGAAGCGGAAGCGGAGGGCGACGAAGGCAAUCACGAGGCUGCCGACGGCAAGAAGAAGAAGAAGAAGGGCGGAAAAAAAGACGGCUAUCCAAGCACGGACGCAAACGAUGGCGAGCAGAAGUCGGAGGAAGCUGAAGAUCCCCAGAUGCAGCUCCAGCAGAUGCUGAAAAAGCGGGGGCCCUGUGAGGAGUCUCGUCGGCACACGGCGCGCGAGCACGCUUUCUGGGACACCCAGCCCGUUCCGUCCAUGAGCGCCGAGUACGACCAAGAUACGGGACCUCUGGAUGUCGUGAAAACCCCAGAUGAUGUUCGUGCAGAUCCAUACCCGCUGCCCGCCCAGUUUGAAUGGUGCACGUGCGACGUGGAUUCGGAGACUGAGAUCCUGGAGGUGUAUACGCUCCUGACGGAGAAUUACGUUGAAGAUGAUGACAGCAUGUUCCGCUUUGACUACUCCACGGAUUUUUUGCGAUGGGCGCUCAAACCACCAGAGUACUUGAGGAGCUGGCAUUUGGGCGUUCGUGUCAAAGGCGGUGGCAAGCUUGUGGGCUUCAUCACAGGGAUCCCCGCCAACAUCCAGGUCUUCGAUAAAGUGGUCCAGAUGGCGGAAAUCAACUUCCUCUGCGUGCACAAGAAGCUGCGGUCCAAGAGGCUGGCGCCGGUCCUCAUCAAGGAGAUUACUCGCCGCGUGAAUCGGGAGAACAUCUGGCAAGCCGUUUACACAGCAGGUGUGGUCUUGCCCAGACCAGUCAGCGAGUGCCGAUAUCACCACCGCUCCCUUAACCCGAAGAAGCUCAUUGAAGUGGGCUUUUCACACCUCGGUGCUCGAAUGACGAUGGCCCGCACCAUCAAGCUGUACAAGGUGCCGGAAAGCCCGCAGCUCUCCGGCAUGCGGGAGAUGAAGAAGGAGGACGUGCCGCGCGUGCAUGGUCUGGUCUCCAACUACCUGAAGAAGUUCCACCUGCAUCCAGACUUUUCUCCUGCGGAGGUGGAACACUGGAUGCUGCCGCGGCCUGGCGUCGUCUACUGCUAUGUCCGCGAGAAUGGGAAGGGCGAGGUGACGGACGUGUGUUCCUUCUACAACCUGCCGUCGUCCAUCCUAGGGCACGAGAAGCACACCGUCCUCAAGGCGGCUUACUCCUACUGGAACGUGGCCACUACUGUGCCCUUGCAGGACCUGAUGUAUGAUGCUUUGAUCUUGGCCAAGCAGCAGGACUUUGAUGUGUUCAAUGCCUUGGACGUCAUGGAAAAUGAGAGCUUCCUCAAGGAGCUCAAAUUCGGCAUCGGUGAUGGCUACUUGCAGUACUAUCUCUACAACUGGAAAUGCCCGAAGAUCGAUCCGGGCAAUAUGGGCUUAGUGCUGCUCUAA